AUGGCUGAGUUACAGCCGCCGGAAGUCCUACCUGACACAGGCCCAACCACCACUACUACCACUACCACUGCCGCCACUCCAAUAGUACCCGUUUCUUCUGAAAUCGACAACACCACCAGCAAUAUCGGCACAAGUUUAGGACCAAAACGCCAACGCCGGCCGAGUGUCCGUCUGGGCGAGAUCGGGGAUCCACCAGCCACUGUCUCCAACGAUUCUCAUCCCCGACGACCCAAAACGACCUGGAAAUUUCAUAAACACCCGAGGUUAGUCACUAAAACCUCCAAAACUCGACCUUUGACCAACCUCGUCAACGGGGGUGAUAAUAACCAUGACAACCUGAACACCAACGAAGACAACAGCACCCACAACCCCGAACUCGGGAGCCAAAUGCCCAAAUUGAAAAAACCUACAAAAAAAAUACGAACCAAUUUGGCGGCCGCAGCCUUGAAACUCGACAACGGCGGCGUCGUUGGGGAUAAUAGUAGAGAAGAUAAUGAUGAUGGAAAAGCGUUCAGGGAAUUCGAAGCUGAGGAUUCGGAGAGUCCGCUGAAAGAACAGAGCCCAGUUCAAUCGAUUGACAAUGCGGAGUUCGAUUUUUGGCAUCGGAGGCCAAUUAGGGCUAGGGUUUCGAAGAGUCGUGAUGGAGAUCAUGAUGAGAAUGGAAUGCCGGAAUCGAAUUCUCGGGAGGAACGGAAUUGCGUAACAAGCAAUGAAGGGGUAAGAGAUUGGCUGAUUGGGCUUGGAUUGGGGCGUUAUGCGCCGGUUUUCGAGAUACACGAGGUGGACGAUGAGGUUCUACCGAUGUUGACAUUGGAGGAUUUAAAGGAUAUGGGGAUAAAUGCUGUUGGUUCUAGGCGCAAAAUGUACAUCGCCAUUCUCAAGCUUCGGAAGAGGUUUGGUUUUCGUGAAGAUUUCUGCCAUUCUUAA